UACUCCUAUUUCUAGGACAUAUUUUGAAAUAAAUUAAUGAUAUUUCGAAAAUAGAAACUUCAAGCUUAGAAAUGAAGUAAAUAUCAUAAUUAUUCAUCUGAUAUUUCAGUUGAAAUGUUUAGCUGAAAUUUUCCAAUUUUCAUGCGAAAAGGUUCCUUUUUUUGCGUCUAUGGUAAUAAUUUGAUCUCGAAAUGGCUAAUGUAUUGGCCAAUAUCUACGACCUUGUUUUUCCAAGUCCACCAGCUCUAAGAGAUAUUGCAUCCAUCGCAGUUGCAGCGAAAUUAUUUCGUAAAACUAUCAAUGAGAAUGUUUCAAGUGACGCUUCGGAAGCGAUUUCAGUACGUGGCGAACUCCCUUAUCUACCAUCUACCCUUCUUCCCAUCGUCGAAAGAUAUUUUGAUAACAUUGAACAUUCAUGGAAUAAUCGACCCGUCGAUGGCACGGACGAUGUUGAUUUUGAUGGUAUAGUUUGCGAUUUUAAUGGAAAUGUAAAUUGUGACAGAGUCGCGAAACAAGCUAUGUUCUGUGAAGAAAUCAGCGAUGUCCAGAAGUUCAAGAUUGCUUGUAGAUAUUGCCUCGAGGAUCAUAUAAUACAAAUUUGGCCAUCUGUCUCAAAACAUUUCGACCUGAGUGAAAUUGUUUUUCGCAACGAUCCUCUACUGUAUUACUGGAUUUGCCGUUUAAGAAAUCAGCUACAUAGAGUCUCCCUCGAGUCUGGUUACGCUACUAUCGAUGGAAAUGAACUAGAAUGUCUUAAUUUUUACAAUUGGCCACCAGUAGAGUACUUUUGGAACCGUUUGAAAGUUGGAAAUCGAAUACCAAGUGCAGCGUAUUUACUCAGAUACAACGGGCAUGUAUUCUGCAGGUAUAUACUCGCGAGAUUGAGCGAGGAAGAAUUGAAAACAUUGAUGACAUUAACGACUGAAAGUGGAAAUAAUUUCAUGUGUACUUUAUUAAAUACUUCAUGUGAUCCUCACUACUCUUGGAGAAACAUGCAAUGCUUGUGCAUUUUAGCAGCAUGGGAGUAUAUUAAACAUAAAGUAAGCCCUGCAGAUUUUACUCGCGCAGUACGGGAGAUUAUUAAAACACAGGUUAAAGGCGUCGGCGGUGGCAUGUGGACGGACCAGAAUUUUUCUUACACUUUUUGGAAUACUUCUGCACAUCAUUUGAAACAGAUUGCUGUACAAGAUGUUUUACUCGACCAAUCUUUACUCAUGAGAAGUAAUGUCGAAUACUUUAGGAGCAUUGAUAGAGAAAAUUGGCUCAUAUGGUGUGUGCUGAAAGAUGCACCAUUCGAAGCCAGAAGUACUUUUUGGUACAAAAAUUGGCGUUUAAUAUUGCCCGGUACGAGAACAGAAGAUUUGCAACGAUUUAUCACCUUAUGCUGCCAGAACGAAACGGAAAUGCUUCUGUUUAGAAAAAAUUAUUUAUCUAAAUACGAAAACAUAGGUCAAAUAUGUUUGCAAUACAUGAAAACGUACGAGUUCGAAAAAUUGAACGAAUAUUGGAACUUUUGUUACUUCGAAAUAGAAAAGCAAAUUGUUUUCGCUUCACAGCUCAAGUUAUUAACUGAUUAUAUAAAUUUUCUCCAUAACACUGAUGGUGUGGACUUCGGCAGAACGAUCGACCUCAUCGAAAAUAUUGAUUCGCUGAGUACGUUUAUCGAGAAUGCUUGUAACGAUGUCGACCUCGCCGCUGAUUUUAAAAAUCAGAUCUUGUUGGCACCUCGAACGAUGAUACUUCUGGCUAGAUAUGUCGCUACGAAUAAAAUUAAGGAAGCGAUGCAAUUUGUCGACUCAUUUGCGAAGUCUGAGCAAGCGACGAUCACUUUUAAACAUCAUUUUACGCCUUAUCUGGUGAAUGUCCUGUCAACUGGGGAUCAACUUUACUUUAAAUUUGAUACUGACAGCUUUGCCAGUUUCAUGCGAUGGUGUUUAGGAAGUGACGAGAAAAUCUCUGAAUUUAAACGAACUGUCAAUAUCGAUGAAAUCGUUCGAAAUGUAACACAUACCGAAGAGCAACUCGUUAUAAACUCGUGGGAGUAUUUUGGACGAGGACGUAUGACUCGGGUGUACUCAGAUCUUGCUAAAUUUUUAGAAUGGUUGUUUUCCUCGCCCGAGAAAAUCGCGGAGGUUAAAAAAAAGUUUGAUGGGUUCGAAGAGUUCGCUUCAAAGUGAGAACGGUUUUGCAUUUUAUGGCUGUUUUUAUAUUAAGUAUACGUACCUAGGUAUUUUACUUAUGAAAAAAUAAUUGUUCGUUUUUCAUCUGUUAUUUUUCUGAUUAGGUACCCAAAUUUUCAACGAUAAGUAAAAUACCUAAUUCACGAUUAUGUUACCUUCAUUAUUGUUAUUAUUAUCAUCAUCCUUUUCGUUUUUGAUAUCGCAUUUUCUAUUGGAAGUAAAUUUGUAUUUAUUAUAAA